UUCAUCCCUACGUACAACGUGCAAAAAAAUUUUCAUUUUUCAAAAGCUGGUUAUUUGUCUUAAACUAAGCGACCAAAUCGGAGAUUUUCUCUCUAUACAAUCUGCACUUCCUCUUUCAAUUUAUUUGAGUUUCAAUUUCAAUUUCUCUCUCUUCUUAUGCUUAUCACAGUUCACAGAUUGUUCCUCUAUCAGCUUUUGGUAUGAUGCUUUGAGGUAUAAGAAGGAAACUUUGAGAAUUUUAAUGCGAUUUGGUUGUUAGAGUUUGAUUCAAUCAAGUUUUUGUUUUUCCUUGGUGGGUUUUGGAUAAAAGUCUUGUUUUUGGUGAGUUGAAAAUGAGUGUUGUAGGUUUUGAUAUUGGAAAUGAGAGAUGUGUUAUUGCUGCUGUAAAGCAAAGGGGUGUUGAUGUGUUGCUGAAUGAUGAAUCGAACCGUGAAACGCCAUCUGUGGUAUGCUUCGGGGAAAAGCAAAGGUUCAUUGGCUCUGCCGGUGCUGCCUCUGCUAUGAAGCACCCCAAAACUACGGUAUCUCAAGUGAAAAGGUUAAUUGGUAGGAAGUUUCAGGAACCUGAUGUUCAGAAUGAGUUAAGAUUGUUACCAUUUGAAACUUCAGAGGGUAAGGAUGGUGGCAUUUUGAUUCACUUGAUGUAUUUAGGUGAGACACAUAGAUUCACGCCGGUGCAGAUUAUGGCAAUGCUCUUUGCACAUUUGAAAUAUAUAACAGAGACAAAUUUGGGUGUUCCUGUUUUGGAUUGUGUUAUUGGGAUCCCAUCUUACUUCACUGACUUGCAAAGACGUGCAUACCUGGAUGCUGCUACAAUUGCCGGGCUGAAGCCUCUGAGAUUGUUGCAUGACUGUACUGCAACUGCACUUGGUUAUGGGAUUUACAAAACGGAUUUCUCCGUUGCUGGCCCAACUUAUGUUGCAUUUGUUGAUAUUGGUCAUUGCAACACCCAGGUCUCAAUUGUGUCGUUUGAGGCUGGACACAUGAGAAUACUAUCACAUGCUUUUGAUAGCAGCUUGGGCGGAAGGGAUUUUGAUGAGAUUUUGUUUGGAUAUUUUGCUGCACAUUUCAAGGAGCAGUAUAAUAUAGAUGUGUAUUCUAAUAUCAGGGCUUCAAUCAGGCUAAGGGCAGCAUGUGAGAAACUGAAGAAGGUUUUGAGUGCAAAUGCAGAGGUACCUCUAAAUAUUGAGUGUUUGAUGGAUGAAAAGGAUGUCAAAGGUUUCAUUAGGAGGGAGGAAUUUGAGAAGUUGGCUUCCCGGUUGUUGGAGAGGAUUAACAUUCCUUGUACAAAAGCUAUAACUGAUGCAGGGUUAACUGUGGAGAAAAUCCAUGCUGUUGAGCUUGUUGGAUCAGGGUCUAGAAUACCAGCUAUAACAAGACAGUUAGCUUCUCUCUUUAGGAGAGAACCUAGUCGGACAAUAAAUGCAAGUGAGUGUGUGGCACGUGGAUGUGCUCUCCAAUGCGCAAUGCUCAGUCCAGUUUUUCGGGUUAGAGAUUACGAGGUUCAAGAUUGCAUUCCAUUCUCCAUAAGAUUCUCUUCAGAUGAAAUCCCAAUUUCCCAAGGGUCAAAUGGAAUGUUGUUUCCUAGAGGCCAGCCAAUUCCAAGUGUUAAAGUUCUGCAAUUACAGAGAAGUAGUUUGUUCCAUUUGGAAGCAUUCUAUGCUAAUCCAAAUGAACUGCCUUCUGGUGUACCUUCAAACAUAAGUUGCUUCACAAUUGGUCCUUUCCAAGGCUCCCAUAGCAAAAGGGCAAGGGUUAAAGUCAAAGUUCAAUUAAACCUUCAUGGCAUUGUCACCGUUGAGUCAGCUAUGUUGAUAGAAGAUCAUGUAGAUGAUUCGGUGACAAUGAAUAAUACACAUUCAGAAAUGAGCACAAAGGAGGCCCAGCAUGUAAUAAAUGGCAGUGAAGAUGGUACCUCUGUUCAGUCCAAACCAUCACAUGCUUCUGCUGACGGUAAGACCAAUGAUAAAGCAACCAGGAGGCUAGAGAUACCAGUUUGUGAGAACAUAUGUCGUGCAAUGACAAAGGCUGAUCUCAUGGAAGCUCAAGAUAAAGAGCUUAGGUUGGCCCAACAGGACAGGACUAUGGAACAAACCAAAGAGAAAAAGAAUGCCUUGGAGUCUUAUGUCUAUGAAAUGCGAAAUAAGCUUUUCAACACAUAUCGAGGUUUUGCAUCUGAUAAGGAGAGAGAGGGCAUUUCCAGGAGCCUACAGGAGACAGAGGAGUGGCUUUAUAAUGAUGGGGAGGAUGAAACUGAAGGCGCUUACACUUCCAAAUUAGAGGCUCUUAAGAAGUUGGUGGAUCCUGUUGAGAAUCGAUACAAAGAUGAAGAAGCAAGAGCACAGUUUUCAAGAGAUCUGCUGAAGUGCAUUGUGGAUUAUAGAAUGUCUACAAAAUCUUUGCCAAAUGAGGACAGAGAAUUGAUCAUGAAUGAGUGCAAUAAGGCUGAGCAGUGGCUGAGAGAGAAAACUCAACAACAAGAUUCUUUACCCAAGGACAUUGACCCACUAUUAUGGUCAAGUGAGAUUAAGAACAAGACAGAGGAUCUAAACAUGAAAUGUGAGCAUAUAAUGACACGCAAGGCUUCUCAUCAGGAUAUAGGGAACCAGGGCCCGGACCAGUGAGUAUAGGUUAAAUGCAUAUGAAACAUCUUUGGAAAAGUUUACAGUUCACAGUUACAGUAAUUAGAAGAGCUGACUGAUUAAUUGAGUUCAACAUUGCAAGGAGCAAGACCUCAUCCGAACUCAGUUUAUGGGGGGCCUGAAUCGGCUAAUAUACAAUUGCCUUUUGAGGCAUAGUAAUAUAUUAGAAAGUUAAUUAAAAUUUAAGAGCCUGCUAAUACAAUAAGGCUUUUUGUUAGAUAUACAGGAGGAAUGACAUUGAUACAAGUCUGAAAGGGGUCUUUUUUUCUUACUCCAUUUUCUUUUAUAUUUUUAGGAACUCUUGUUUUACAAAGGAUGUUAGUUGCCAAUGACCGGUGUAUUUCUGUAUCCUACAGGCACCUGAAUCAAAAAUGCU